GCCUGGCCGGACGCAGGGAGAGGACACCAAUCACGUUCACAACAACGAUCAGUGUGAUUUUCGCUGUCAAAUGAACCAUAUAGAAAGUGGACAUAGCACACGGGGGCCUACUGUCCGGAUAGAGCAUGUGCAUGGAGGGGAUAAAUCCCCUUGUCUCCAAGAUGACGCCCGGUGGAUGCACGGUACGUACUCUCUGUUUGUACCACGACGUCGACUCCUGCACACAAAGCACACAAUAAUAAUGUUACAUGUGUGUCACCGCUAUCUCACCCCACUCGCUGUCGGGCUAUGCGUUAUGCAAUGCCUUGUACGAUCUUCAACAUCCGCCGUCGCCAUUCAAUAAUAAUGACCCUAGCCCUUCGGAGCAAAUAAGAAAUCUUGCCCAGGGUUGCCGUUUUCGUGCGACUUCUCCCGUCGCAGGUGCAAUCACAACCCAUCAUCUGUGGGUAGGAUAGGCAGAUCUAAUUGCUCAUCCGUCCUUGGGAUCUGUCCUCCGUUCCACUCUCUCGCGAUGGGCAGGUUGAGCAUGUCAACCAAUCCGGAAUCAUUCUUCAUUUACCUUUUCCCCUCUGAGCUCUGAGGCCAUCAUCUGCAUGUUUAGCACACGGCAAUUGAUGCGUCAGGUCUCUCUAUCAGGUUUCACGUCAAUUCAUCGACAUGAGUUGCUAUAAGAGAGGGGGUGGGGGCUUUGAAGAUGCGGUGAAGGAAAAUCGUGGGUGGUUUGUUUGGUCCUCGAACUCGUGCGUUAUUCAUCUCUGCUUCGUUGCUCCCGCCGUACCUAUACGUUCAUGAAAAUAAAGGGUGAAAAAUGAAUAAAAAAUAUUGAGAUAUGAAACCACGGUUGAUCGUGAUUUCGUUCGGAUUAACAAUAUAAAGACAGCAUAAGUUCAGAAGAAAAGAAGCUAGGACAACUGCACCUUGAUUAUCAGACUGAUACAGGAAGCUCAAAGGGCCAUCUCAACUCCCGUUUGGAAUCAAAAUUUCACCCCUGAAAUAUCA